UCUCUUAAAGCGGACUCAUUAGUCCUGCAGCAUCCGCUCGCGAUAAAAGUUUUGUCAAUUUCCUUUCGUCCAUCUCUCUUCUACCCUUUCAUUACUUCCUUGUCUUUUAUUGUUUCACCUCAUUCUACCCCGAGGAAAAAUAUCUUUUAACUUCCCUACUCGUUUUGUACGCUUUGCCCUGGUAACGAAGAUCCGCUUUCGAAUCAAACCGAAUUUCUGCGACAAUUGUAUUUUGCAUCUCAUCUCAUUUUUCUUCCUCGCAUCGAACCUCUUGGAGUAAAUCAUAAAUCGAAUCGUCAAUGAGGAUUUAAAGGAACUCUGUGCCAUCCUUGACUGACGUUUUGAAACUCAUUAAUACAUUCGAUCGUAUCCAAAAUGCUCGUCGAGUUUUGAACAAAAUAUUAUCAAGGGAGUAAUAGUUGUGCCUACGAGAGUUUGCCGUAGAUGAGGCGUCGGCGUCGAAAAUAUCCGCCACGUGAAAGGUGCAACGUAAAGUUGGGUCAGCCCAGGUGUGCUGGUGUUCCCUGCCACAUCGCAAGCUCGCCCGCCAGUGGAAAGGCGCACAAUAACAAAGCGACACACACAGCAACUGCCUUUUCUCAAAUCUCGCAUGCUUUCGAUAACGGAAGUAUAUAUUUUUUGAAAUAUACACAAAGGGAGGAAAGAUCAUUUGACAAAUGAUAAAUUGAUACUGCUAAAUGGUAGACACGACGUUACGCGAUUUCGCGCUGAAAAUUCAGCCCAUGCUCCAGCCUCCUUCGGGACUGCUGGAGAUGGCGUCACUAAGAUUACCGGAUUCGGAGGAAUUCGACAUCGACGCCCGCCGAAGAACGAGCGGAAACGUCGGACUAACGACGAUCAAUCCUCUCCACAUAUCGAUCGGUAACGAUGUAUUCGUACAAGCGAAGGACGAUCUGCGAGAAUAUUUCAACAGCUCGCUAACCGAUCUCAUUACGGCUAGCUCAAGAUCGCGGAUCGACGAAUCUUCGGGCUCGCUCUUCAACGCCAGUGAAAACGCAAAUAUUCCAGUCGAGCAUGCAUCCGAUCGUUUCUACAGACACAGUAUAUCGUUGACCGCGAUAUAUUGUAUCGCGUACAUGCUUGUUUUCGUAAUCGGCCUCAUCGGCAACAGUUUUGUUAUCGCUGUUGUUUAUCGUUCACCGAGGAUGCGAACCGUCACCAAUUUCUUCAUUGUCAAUCUUGCCAUCGCCGAUGUCCUUGUUAUCGUUUUUUGUCUGCCGGCUACCCUCGUCGGAAAUAUUCUCGUUCCUUGGGUCUUGGGAAGAUUUAUGUGCAAGACAGUGUCGUAUAUUCAGGGAGUCUCAGUUGCGGCAUCGGUGUACAGCUUGGUCGCUGUUUCAUUGGACAGGUUCCUGGCGAUAUGGUGGCCUCUGAAGUGUCAGAUAACGAAACGACGUGCCCGAAUGUUGAUCGUACUAAUAUGGUUCAUCGCACUGACCGCGACAUCGCCUUGGCUGCUUUUCUUCGAUCUCGUAAUCGACGACGACGAUCCCGAGCUGAGGUUUUGCGUUGAAUCUUGGCCCCGCCCGCAGGAUGGUUCACUUUUUUUUCUCAUUGGCAAUCUCAUGCUGUGUUACGUUUUACCGAUGAUUCUCAUAUCUCUUUGCUACAUACUCAUAUGGAUUAAGGUGUGGCGAAGACACAUACCGACCGACACAAAGGACGCUCAGAUGGAGAGGAUACAGCAAAAGUCCAAGGUCAAGGUUGUGAAGAUGCUGGUAGUGGUUGUUAUACUGUUCGUACUUUCGUGGCUUCCGCUGUACGUAAUAUUCGCUAGAAUAAAGCUCGGCGGUGAGAGAGCUGAUUGGGAGGAAGAAGUAUUGAAAAUCGCAACCCCCAUUGCUCAGUGGCUUGGUUCGAGUAACUCCUGCAUCAACCCGAUUCUCUAUGCAUUCUUCAAUAAAAAAUACAGACGAGGUUUCAUGGCGAUAUUGAAGAGUGGACGUUGUUGCGGAAAAUUGCGCUACUACGAGACCGUCGCGAUAAUGUCAUCGUCGACGAGCAUGAGGAAAUCAUCGUACUACGUCAACAACAAUAACUCCUCAACGAGACGAACCUGUCACGGGCCACCGGUCCAUCAAGACAGCAACGUAUCUUACAUAUUCAAUCAUACCGGUGUUUAAUGCACCCUUUGAGCAACGAUGAGAGUUCUUGUCGCGCGCACUUACAUUACGGCAGCAUUAUAUGUGCACCAAAGAAUCGCGGAGAGAUUCGCGAGUCUCGCAACGAGUCUCCCGAGGUCAAUGGAGUCUCCGUCGAAGCUGAUGAAGAAGUGUCCUCCGUGCCUGUGUUAUCAGCCAUGCAGGAUACACGGAACGGGUUUGAAAAAGAGUCGGUCUGAGAUUAUGGGUCGGACAUGAAUGCGCGCGCGCGCGUCUUCGCGCGUUUCCCCGCUACAUUGUCACGAUCGAUCGAUCGUUACUCGGAUCGCAUUUAACGCCGGAUGGAAAUAUCUCCUCGGUCACCGAACAAAUACAAAGGAAAUUAUGUUACCUUUCGUCUAUACUCCAGUAUAUUCGCACGAAAACGCCUUGUUCCAACCUACGAUAUAGCCCCUCGUCCUUCCUUGUUAAAGGAAAACAAAUAAGCUUUCGAAGACCAGCGAGAUUUAUAUCGAGGUUUCAAUUCAAUAUUGUACGUGCUGUAUACACGCGUUGUUUGUCCUUGUAUGCGUGACUAUUUACGCCUGAGCGUCAUGCUAAUUAUCCUGGCUGGCAACCUAUCGUAUCAUGUCGCAAGACAGGCCAAGUAUGACCGAAUCAUGUCUCGAUAAUGAUCGAUGUUACCGGCUUUCGAAAUUUGGAUAAAAAUAAGAUAAAUCCGCUGAAGGAAGCCUCGGCAGCGAUGUGCUACUCGAUACUGUUGAGUGGUUUGAGUGUAUUUUAUCUGUAACUAUCCUCGUCUCCGGUAUCGUACGCUCUAGGUUGUACCAACUAUCCAAUAUCAUAUCCAACGGGGAAUAACGAACGUGUGGCAAAUUUUGCCUUGUCGCAUGUGAGAAGAUACGCCGUCUGUAUAUUUUCUUACAAAAAAAAUGAGGAAUGCCCAUCCGUACUGAAAUUGUAGAAAUAACGAGGAGGAUGAGCCUGUCGAAGGAAAAAUUCAACGAAGCCAUUAUUCUCUGAUAGGUUUACGUGCAAAAAAAAUUGAAGGAUCCUCGAAGGUCGCGGAUGAUACCGAAAAACUUCCCCCCCCCCCCCCCCCCCCUACAGAACGAAUACAUCGAUUGUUAAUUUGUUUUUUUACUCUCGACAAUGUACUCAUUAUAUUGAAAAUAUGUACGUUAAAAUAUGAAUUAGUCUGCGUUAGGCAAAUAUUGGAGGAUGUGUGAAGAAGGCGUGGCAAAAUCAUUCACCCCGAUUAGCUAUUAUCAAUACUACGGUUAUUAUCUGCUAUGUGGUAGCAGAAAAUACUUUUCUGCGAAAAGACAUUAAAAGUGAGAUAAUUAAUUGAAAAAAAUGGAUUAAAGAAAAAAAACCCUAAUUAAAAAGUCUCGAAGUAUUUGGGAGAAUUGUAGAAUUUCCUCAAAGGUCGCGCGGGAUUUUCACGAAUAGAGCACUUAUUUUCGUAAAGUUUGUAUACAAAGGAAACAAAAGAUCAAUUCGCAUAAGUAAAAAGAGAUUCGAUUGGAGAGAAUAGGUUUAGAUUUUUUCCAGAUUGCACACGGGCAGCUUAACAAUAAGGUGAGUACACGCGUGUACUCUAUAACGUAAUCCAUUGUGAUAACAAAGAGAAAGAGAAAAAAACGUUAAAUGUUUUGGAAAAAAAAUGAGACGAAACGAAAUAAUAUGCUGCGAGAAGUCAACAGAGGCAGUGCGAAAUAGUACGAUAAUUUAUGGUAAUUUGAUGACACUGAUGAAGGAAUAUGAAACAUCCAACGAUAACUCAUGAUAAUAAUGUUAAUAUGAGAUUGAUAAUAAUAACAAUAAUGAUACUUCUAAUAACCGUAAUGAUAAUUGGGUCCCUCCGUCUCCGGCAUAUGAAUGAUUAUGGUUCUAACUGGAUUUAAGGUUGAGGAAUUACGAACUACAAAGUGAUUCAAACAGCUGACUCAGGCCCCGCAUGAGUAUCCGAAGCGUGGAUAUCCAAACUCAAUACUUUGAUAAUUUUCAUCGACAGUAUAACAAUACUAAUAUUAAUAAUCAUUAUAAUAACGAUAACAAUAAUAACAAUAUUAUUAUGAAAUGAUCACAACAAUAAUAAGGAAAAAAAUUGAAUGAAAAUUAUCUGGUUGCAAUGAUACUUUAACGCUUCGUUCCCUAUUGAUUAAAAAUGUAUAUCAUUCUCAAUAAUGCAAAGCUUUUUAGGCGUAAAACUCAGAUGAUAAGUGAUAUCACAAGUUAAAAUGGGGAAAAACAAAAAAUCAAGUCGACCGUAAGUAUCAUUCGUUUCCCAACUACGAAGAACCCAUUCGAACUACGCGGAAUUGUAUUGAUAGUGUUAAGGCGAUUUCAAUCGGUGCACACAUUAUUUGUCAAUGGACGAGAAAAACUCGAAUGCACAAUCUAACACAAGCCAUGCAUCGAGUCUUUGGAAUUUCGAUACUUCAAAAAACACGUUACCGUCGAUAAAUGAAUGAAUUAAAAACUUAUAUCUGUUUGAUCUGUUGUUGCGACGUUGAUUGAUUGUACUAUUUUGACACCUAAUGAGAUGGUAUAAAAAAAAAAACGGAAAAAACCUAUUCGAAGAAGUGUUUUGAGAUACUGAGAUGUGUGAAUAUACGGACGCGAUCGCUGGUGCAGAUUGCUACUCGCCAUACCAAUUGUUAAAAAUGUCAAAUUCUUUCUAACCAAACUAUCGGAAAUGAAUCCGAAUGGAUAUGAAAAGAAAAAUAAACGAAAAGCACGCAUUCCUUUAUUUUCGAUUCAACCUCGCUCGCUAAUUAGCCGUUUAUCUAAACGAUUACAGAAGGAAAAGCGAACAUUCAAAUUAUCUGUUUAGCGAUAAUUUAUAUGCAUGUAUGUUUCUAAAAACGAAAAUGUGCAAAUAUCGGUUUUCAUACAGGAAUUUGUUGGAAGAUUAACAAAACUAAUAACCGUUCAAGCGUAAAAUCGAAAACUUUGUGAAUUUUCUAUCUCACUAAUCACGAUCAUUUCGUUGUACUGCUAUCGUAAGAGAUGAGAUGAAACAAUUUACAGAGAUUGAGUCCAUCCUGAUGGGAGCAAAUUAAUAGAGAGAAGUCGCACAUUCGGAGCGAGUGAAGUGCACGGAAAAUGCAUCGAGUAUUUGUCAAUAAUUUACAGCUCUUGCAGAAUUCAAGCGAAAAGGAAGGAAAUGUCAUGACGCAUUCAUCUUUUAAUUUUGAUGUGUUUGUCAUUAAAAUAAUUCGUUUAAUGGUCAGUUUUAUCGGAAUUUUGAUACAAAUUGUAUCUGUUAUGCACUGAUUUAUCAAACAUUCGAUUCUUUAUGACAACUCUAAUGCGAGAACAUGAAAUUCUCCCGAAAAUAUCCGAUUUUAAAAUGGAGGAAAAUUCCUAAAAUCAAUCUUAUAAUGUAGACUUAUGAAGAAUAAAUGUAACACUGUUAAGGAGGUUGGAGCGUGCAUCAAAAUCAAAGAUUACAUUUCUUCGAAUUUUCUCAACAUCGGAAACCGAAGAUACGAAACCAUUUCAUGUGCGAUUCGUGCAGACUUGCAUGGGCAAAGUGUCGACACAUGCGCAUUUUUUUUUUCGAUAAUGUAAUCCCAAGAUGAAUCAUUACAAAAGAAGAAUACGUACACGAAUUAGAUCGUCGAAAAGUCCAAAACCCAAAAAAAAAACGAUUUGUUAUCGAAUAUGUACCGAAUUCGAAAAUCAUGAAUUUCGACAAGCGAGUAAACCGUGUAAUAAAAUUGCGAGCAUCCACUUUCAGUUAUGUAUAGGUUGAGCUGUUGUCGUGUAUUAAGGUAGUGCAUGGUCAUGCGAAGCGAGUGAUGCCAUCAACUGGCAAGCUUGCCGUUGCUACGAUAUAAUUCAAUUUACUAUUAAUUUAUGAUAACAAUAAAUGACCUUUUCGUUUGAAUGGACUUGAAGUUUCAUUCUGUGACUCGUGAAACAUUCAUAGACGCACUUUUUAAAAAAUUUUAUUCACUGUCAAUGUUGUAUUUACUCGAGAUGGUAGUGACACAAUCGAAUUUGUUUUCGGUGAUAAUUGAAACAAAAUGAAUAAUUUUGCACUUAAACUGUACUAUUUUAGGACCUGAUAUGAUCCGAAUUCAUGUCUCGCAUACAUUUUUUGAAGACUUCGUAUAAAGAAAAUUUUGUAAAUCGUCAUUUGACUCAACUGGACCAUUCCAACCUCCUUAAAAUAAGUACGAUGAAGAAAGACUAAUACUAAAUUUGCGGGGAAUAAUGUACUUGAAGAAAAAAAUAAUUUCAAUGCAUUGCACGGGCGCACUUAAACCUGCAGUAUUUAUAAGAUGAAAGAAAAAAAAAUCAUUGAUCACGAGCAUCUGACCCGGUAUACCGUGGGCAGUUACUCCUAAUCUGUGUAUUAUUAUUUCGAAAGUUUUUUACCUAGGUUCAAAUGAUUCUUUGACGUUAUGGUGGAUAGACUCUGGCUAUCCAAAUAACAAUGAAAUAAUAGAAACAUAUUAGAUAAGGAUAAUUAUCAAGAGAUUUGAAAAAGCUGAAAAAAAACUUUUGGUCAACGUGGAGCUGGUGAAACGCACCUCCAUGGGUAAACAAAUUCACUUUACCACAAAACGGUGAAUGAAUUUUAUUUUAGAAAAUUAACUAUAAUUGACGAAUGUCUCGAAAUUCACUACGAGUUUCGUACGAACGAAUAAUCCCUGAUAUUUGUCCGACUAAAAAUUAUUGAUUAAGCAUCUGUUGUAUCCCUACCGCUUUAUGAUGACGAUAAUUGUACCAAACGAAAGGGAAAAUACAAUAAAAACGUCAAAAAAUAAAUAAAAAUAAACAACACGAAAACACAACCCGAAGGUCACAACUAUAAAGUGUGUAGAUCAAAGUCUGGCGUUUGUUUCAGCUUCAAUUUGGGUAUUGCAGCUGUAGACGAAAUGAUAUUGUAACAAUAUUGUAACACCGUGUCACUCGUAAAACAAAUACAACAUGGAUUAUAUCGUAUUUUCUCAAAAAAUAUAGAUAAUAAAAUACCUUGAUUAUGA